CUCUGAUAAGCCCUCACUGCUCCUCCUCUUCUCCUGAUGUUCCAUAACUUUCACUCCCUGAGUGACUCCCCACACUGCUGUGCACUUCCUAAAUCACCAUGUUAAUCCUGAUACUACUAGCAGCUGUGGGUUUUUUUGCCAUCUUAUUUCCACGAAGCUACUUUUUCCAGGAUGUCCAACACGUGCUCCUUAGAAAGAGAACGUCGAAACGUAUCCAGAGCUACAUGAAGACCAACUACACCAUCGCGGACCAGUUUGCAGACACAGUGAAGGCGCAACCACACAAACCGUACCUCCAUUUCAAAGAUGAAACUUUCACCUACCUGGAGGCCGAUGAGCUCAGCAACAAAGCUGCGAGGGUCCUGCUGCAGAGGGGGUGUGUGAAAGGAGGAGACACGGUCGCGCUGUUCUACGGGAAUGAGCCGAUGUUUCUGUGGCUGUGGUUGGGUUUGCUGAAGAUCGGUUGCCCCGCAGCUUUGCUCAACUACAACAUCAGAUCCAAGUCCCUGUUGCAUUGCUUCAAAUGCAGCGGGGCCAAAGCUCUGAUCGCGGCUGAAGAGCUGCAGGAUGCUGUGCAGGAGGUCCUGCCCAGUCUGUUGGAGCAGCAGGUCACUGUUUUCAUCGUGACUGACAAAUGCAGGAUUGCAGAUGUGGAGAGCUUCAAAGACAAAAUGAACAAAGCCUCCUCUGAGCCUCUACCCAAAGAUUUAAGAUCACAUGUCACCAUGAGGAGUCCCGCAGGCUUCAUAUACACAUCAGGGACUACAGGUCUGCCUAAAGCUGCAGUCGUCACUCAUACCAAGCUGUGGAUGUACAGCGUGUUUCAACGUCUCUCAGGAGCGAAGUCCAGUGAUGUGAUCUAUGUCAGCCUUCCUCUGUAUCACAGUGCUGGCAUUGCAGGAGUUAAUGGAGCCAUUGAAAGGGGUAACACUGUGGUUCUGAGAACCAAAUUUUCUUCAUCACAGUUCUGGGACGACUGCAGAAAAUACAACGUCACAGUCAUACAGUACAUCGGAGAAAUUAUGCGCUACCUCUGCAACGUACCAAAGAAACCCAAUGAUCAAACCCACAAAGUGAGACUUGCGAUAGGUAACGGGAUGAGGGCAGAUGUUUGGAGGGAUUUCAUCAGCAGGUUUGGAAAUAUUAACAUCCGAGAGUUUUACGGAGCUACAGAGGGGAAUUUCUCCCUGAUCAAUUACAGCAACAAGAUCGGAUCCAUUGGGCGAGACACCUUCAUGCACAGGUUGUUGUUCAGUUAUGCUGUGAUCAAAUACGAUAUAGAUGAAGAAAAGCCUGUGAGGGAUUCUUCUGGUUUCUGCGCAGAGGUUGCACGAGGUGAACCUGGACUCUUGGUGUCUGAAAUCACAAUCAGGACGCCGUUCUCUGGCUAUGCAGGCGACGCGCAGCAGACGGAGAAAAAGAGGCUACAUAAUGUCUUCAAGACAGGAGAUAUGUACUUCAACACUGGUGACAUUCUACGCGUCGAUGAGGACAACUUCAUCUACUUUCAGGACAGAGUUGGAGACACUUUCAGAUGGAAAGGAGAGAACGUGGCAACAACUGAGGUCGCUGACGUCAUCACGAUGGUUGACUGCAUCAAAGAAGCAAACGUGUACGGAGUUGAAGUGCCAGGUCAGGAGGGGAGAGUUGGAAUGGCUGCCAUCUCUAUAAGUGAUGGACAGAGUUUUGACUCUGCAGGUGUUUUUAAACAUGUGGAAAAGUUCCUGCCGACCUAUGCAAAGCCCCGUUUUAUGAGGAUACAGAGUUCUUUGGAGGUCACAGGCACAUUCAAGCAUAUGAAGACAAAGCUGGUCCAGGAGGGCUUCAACCCAAAUCAAAUAAUGGCCCCGCUGUACUUCAUGGAUGAAAAAGUCAAGGAUUACAUCCCACUAACGCUGGACGUUUAUGAUUCAGUCAUGUCGGGGCAGAUUAAGAUUUGAAGAAGCUUUCUUUGCUUCUUUUUUGAAGGGAAAAAUGAACCUGCUUAUACUUGACCCACCUGUGAAUUUAGCACAUUUAAAAAAGUUGUUUUGUAACAUGAUUUAUCUUUAUACUUGCACGUUUUUGUAUUCCAUUGAUUAUUUCAGUUGAUGACUUUGAUUCUCCGUGACAGAACUUGUUUAAACUUGUUGCACAUAAUUAUGACACUGACAAAUAAAAUGUACAAACCAGAUCUGUGACAACAUCACGUUUUUCCCGUUGAAGCUGAAAGCUGUGAACUUAACAGGUCUGCGGAGGCUCCAAGUCACCUCUAACUUGCAUUCCAUAUGUGUUUUGUUUUUAUCAUUGUUACUACUUUCUCAACAGGGAUGAAUGUUGGCCUUUCUCUGAUGUGUGUCAAUGAGUCUUAAAUAUCUCUCGUUUUUUUAAUGCAGAAUAAAGCAUUGAUGUGUUGUAAGAAAUAAA